AUGCGCCCGGGCCGUGCAGAGCCCUUCACGCCGCCAGUGAGGAGCAAGGCAUCUCAAGCUCCACCGGCCGCCGCGCGAGUACAACCUGCGAAGCCAAAUCUGGCGGAAGCGCAGGCGAAGCCGACCGCAGCGCCAAAGGUUCCGGCGAGCGCCGCGAACGUCCCCGAAACCGCCGGAGCCACAGCAAAGACAUCUGGGCCAGGGCCGAGAGGGCCGGAGACAAAGGCGUCCAAGGCAUCGCCUCACGGACAGCUGGGCAGUGAGAUGCCAUCUAAGCGAGCCUCUCUCCAGUGGGAGCGGCGGUGGGCAUCCUGGCGAAAAAAGGCAGUUGAAGUUGGCGCCUGCAUUUGGGCUGACAUAAAGGUUGAGGGUGAAGCUUCGGUCUCCAAGCUGAAAAGGGAGGUGACCACGAAGCUGACCGAAGCUUUGGGCGCUGAAGCAGUGGUGUCCAUCCUGGCGGAGGACUUCGACAGUACCCGGCGGCUCUUCGUCUGCCUCCUUGCAAAGGCGGAAGAGUGCACUGAGCUGCGCAGAACAUGGAAAAACCUGAAGCUUUUGGACGAUGUGACGGUGAGCUGGCGGGAUACCCUCGACACUGCCUCUCACAACCAUGUCCCUUACCUCAAGGAGAGCUGGAAUCCCAAGAAGCUUCCAGUCGAUUCUGUCAGCCUUACAUUACCGGCGCACUGGGCCUUUGAGAAAGGGAAGCUGCCAAGCAAUCCUCCUGUUGCUUGUGCCGCUGGCAGUCACUGGCAUGACUUUGCGCAAGUCUUUGGCGAGGUCAUGGAAGCUAGCUUUGCAUGGCAUGGGGAGGCCUCUGAGACAGUGCAGCUGGUGGUGCGCUAUGCCAAAGGUGGGCCAAAGUCUGCUUACUUGAAGCUCACCGGGCGCUGCUUGAACAAUCCCCUGUCAGGAAAGCCCGGUAAGAGGGAUCUAUCCUUGGUGCGUGCAGUCUACGGAACUUACGGAAACCUACUCAAGCGUGUCACGGAGCAGGAGGGCAAAAAGUCCAAAUUUUGGCUCGAUGGCAUCUCAUCAGAACUGCCACCGCGGCCAGAAAACGCAUCCAAUGGCCCGAUCUUCGAGUUGUUCCCACUCCAGUCCUUCUCCGCUGCAGCUGUUGCAAAGCGACGUCUUCUCCUGGCACCUUGGGGAGCUUCCCACUUUGUGCUUGGGAGUUCGAUGCAAUGCGACCUUCAUAUCUUCCAUGAUGGCAUAUCAAAGGAGCACGCGGAGCUCUUUUUGAUGGUUCCAUGGAAGCAGCACGCUGCGGCACAUCUCUCCGUAUUCGUCAAAGACAAGUCCAAAAAUGGCACACAUGUCAACGGGCAGCGCAUAGCCAAAGACGCGGUCCUGCAGCUCCGCGAGGGGGAUAUCCUGCGCCUGGCAGAUGUACCUACUUAUGUUCUGCGCCGGUUUCCCUCUAUCGAGGCUGCCAAGAAUGCGCCGCCACCUUCCAACUGGCAUUCGGAUGCCACGGAGCUCGAGGUGCCUGCGUGUCCCUCGUUCAUCAGGGACAUCAAGAGGAAAGCCAAGAAGGAAGCGAAAGACAAGGAGGAACUCUGGGACGAGGUGCCUCAGCUUCCUCCACCAGAGGGAAACGUGUACUCUGGUCUCCUACGCAAGUUGCGUGUCGAGGCUGCUGAAGCAUUGAAAGCUCCAGACCAGAAACCUAGCGAGCUGAUCGCAAAGCUCGAUUCGAUAGAAGCCACGUCGGAGGAGGCCAACCAGAAGAUUGCAAGCUCCAGAAAAGCAAUGUUUGAUGCGAAGGAGGAAGCCGACGCAGAGGUCGUGCAUUGGCUGGAGGAGGUCUUCAGGCCAAUGUAUUCGAAGCUGAAGACAGCAGAACGAGCGACGGCGCAGAGCAGCCAAUUCACGAAGCGGCAGCGCAUGACGGCGGACCAGCGCAACCGCGAGGAGUUGGAGAAGCUCGCCAGGAGAGCCCUUGCCAUUAUCCGACAGUUCCAGAAAGCCAAAGACGUAUCCAACGACGAUGUUUUCGCCAAAAUGGCAACUUCUGGUGAGGAGUCCGCUGUGGACGAGUCCUCCUUCAUUAGUUUCUUCGGGGAGUGUGAGAAGGAGUCGACCAACGGCGAAGCGGCAGACUUCCCCACCAAAGAGGACCUGCAGAGGCUCUUCACAUUUUGGGAUGAAGCUGGCAAUGGAUCGCUGAAUGAGGAACGGGUAGCUGAGAUUCUGCGGAGAUUCAUGAAGGUCGUCGGCAAGACUGCAAUCACCGAUGGCGUCAGCAUCAAGGCCAACAGCCUCCGCAAAUUGGAGGUUGGUGACGUGGUCGAAGUCCUCGGCCCUCCGACGAAGGAGCCCGAGGUGGACGUGAUGCGAGUGCAGGUCCGUCUCCUUGCAGAUGGGACCGAAGGUUGGGCCACCAUCUCGGGCAACCAAGGGACAGACUAUCUUCAGGACGGUGGAGGCACCUUCAAGGUAGUCAAGGAAACGCUUCUGACGGAUGACUUCGAGAUCGGUGCCGCCAAAGAGACGCCAAAGGAGCCUCGCUGCUGGCCCCAGGUUGUCGCUUCGACUUCGAAGAGUGCCACGCCUCUUUUGCUCCUCGAGUUUGCGUGGGAGCGCGAGCGCAGGAAGCGCGAGGGUAAGGACAUCAUGAGGACCGACGCAGGCUGUGUGUCGAGCAUGGGCGACGAAUCAUUCCAACAGGGCGGGCGCGAAGACCUUGUCAACCUGGCAAGCAAUGAAGCAAUGCUGCCCGACGCAGGUGGAGCGGCAGGUAAUGGCUUCGCGGGCAAGCUGCUGCAGCUGGUGUAUGCAGAUCUUCUGUUGUCUAUGGAGGAGGAGUGGGAACACUCCCUUCGCGAAAAUCUUCGUGCUUCGGAGGCCUCAGGAAAGAACUGCAAAGAUUGGCGGUGCAUCAUGAACAAGCGCAUCGGCCUGUCCUACAAGGCAAAGAAUCGAGGCCUGGUUUGGCUCGACGACAAAGUCCUGCAGGUGGCCAUGACAUCCGAUGUCUUGGGAGAAGAGCGUCAUCUGCCGAUUCUGAGCCACGUGGCCUGCACAAAGACUUCCGGCAUCAAUGGACCCAUCACUGGCACAGGGUUUCCAGAUGAGGCCACGGCGAGCAGACUCGUGAAGGCGCUUCACGCAGCGGCCAUGGCCCAGGUCGGGCUGAACACUCCCUUGGUGAUCAAGCCGCGCCACGGAUCGAAUUCCAAGUUUGUGUCGAUGUUUCCCAGUCCCAUGGAGGACGGGCCAGAAGCAGUCUUGGAAAGCGUCGACUUGGCAUUGGAUGGGGAUGACCCUUCGUGGAAGAAAGAGUCCUGGAACCAAAACGCUGUCCCGAGGGGCGCAUUGCUGCAGCCUCUCUACGCCCUCAUGGACUUCGCGCCGGAUGCAAGGAAGAAGCUCAUGAAGCCGCUGGAACUCAAAGUGCAAGUCCUGUUCGGCGUGGUGGUCGGUGGCUGUUUGAACUCCCAUCCCAUGGCCUUGUGGGUUUCGAGCAGUGGAGCUGUGCAGCUCUGGGAUCCGAAGUUGCCUGGCCUGCUGAAGAAAGGCCAUGGUUUGUGGGAGCCGCUUCCGGCUGCUGCCUUGGAGCUCCUGCUUCGAUCCUUAUCUGAGAGCUGGGAAGCCAUUCGGAGCGACUCGGAGCUCUUGGCGCAAAGAGUGGGCCUGGACGAGUUGCGGGUGGAUUGGCUCCUGGGGGACCGGUUCUGGGGCCCUCGCAUCGGUGAGCUGACCUACAUGGGCACCUUUGCCCUGGAUCUUUGGCCCGUCUCCUGGCGCCUUGCGAGAGCCUUUGCCGCCGGCCAUCUGAGUCGGUGUAGAACCUUCUCCCAUCAAGCAUCCGAAUUUGCUGUGUGUCGCAUCAGCCGAAACUUGUAG